GUGUGUGAGAGGUUUAAUUAGCAGGAUUGUUAUGUUAGUUCUGAUUAGAUCAAUUAAAUACACUAAUUAUUCUUAAUUACGGAUCAACUCGUGUACAUUUUGUGUCUUAAUUCUUACAUACGCAGAUAUUCAAACUACCCGUUUAUUGGAUAGAUAUGAUUAUCAACAAAAGAACUGCCAAAUAUGAUGUAAAUUUGAAGGAGUAACGUAAACAAAGACAUAGAGUGCUAUUAGGAAGUCAGAUAAGGUGUGUCCCACGUGGACAAGGUGUAUUUAAAUUAAAUCGGGUGCACAUGGUUUUCAUUUUACUUUUGAAUGUUGAUAAUGAUCAGUGUUAAGUUUUUUUACCUGUUGUGUGCUGUAGUCCUUGUUGAUGGACACGGAAGGCUGUGGGUACCUCCGUCGAGAUCGUCCAUGUUUAGGAAAGGAUUCCCGACACCCCCAAAUUAUAACGACAACCAACUAUCAUGUGGAGGCUUUUCGCACCAGUGGAGUACAAAUGGCGGUAAAUGUGGAUUGUGUGGAGACCCAUAUGAUCAACAGCAACCACGUCAAAACGAGGCGGGCGGGAAAUAUGCUACCGGAAUUAUCUCUGCCCAGUACACAGUAGGACAGGUCAUUGAUAUUACUGUAGAUGUGACAGCCAAUCAUAAAGGAUGGUUUGAAUUCAGACUCUGUCCAAAUAAUGAUGUAAAGAAGGCAGCGACACAAGAUUGUUUAGACAAAUAUUUAUUGCAACUGGCAGACGGAAGUGGCACACGGGAUCAUAUUGAUACGAGUGUUGGCUUUAGGACAAAACAGUGGGAACUUCCUACUGGUCUAACAUGUACCCAGUGUGUUUUACAAUGGAAAUGGCAUGUUGGUAACAGUUGGGGUGUAUCUCCGGAUGGAAGAGGUUGUAUCGGAUGUGGGGCACAAGAAGAGUUUUAUGGUUGUUCGGACAUUGCAAUAGAAGAUCCUAAUGGAUCAGUGAUUCAAACCACACCAAAAGUGGCAGCUACCACAAUAACCACGUCUACCACAAUAUCGCCUACGACUACGACGCCAUCGCCUACAACAACAACCACGCCCACAACAACAACCACGCCAACAACUAUUACCACGCCCGCAACGACAACCACGCCUACAACUACAACCACGCCUACGACGACAACCACGCCCACAACGACAACCACGCCUACAACAACACCCACGCCUAUAACAACAUCCACGCCUACAACAACAACCGCGCCUACAAUGACAACGUCUACAACAACAACGCCUUCUCCUACCACAGCUACGCCUACAGUAACUACUACAAUAGACCCUAAUUCAUACAUUGGUAAAACCUGCGGACCAACUUUGGUAUGGAAAUACACACCCGGCAUGACCUGGUGGUGUACGAUAAACUGCAGAGGUGGUUAUUGUCCGGCGACACAUUGCGUGUGUACAUAGAGAUCUGAUCGGACUUAUUUCGAAUCCAUUUAUUAAUUCCCGGUACAUGUUCCGUUCUACAGAACAUAAACCUUAUGUGUUAAGUGCUAUUAUUUGUUAUUUAAUUGUUACGAUUUGUCAUUUAAUUUUUUACGAUAAAAUAACAGAAAUGAUUUUGCAAUUGAUAUUUAAAUAAAAAUCCGUCCAUCUUGA